AUGAAGUAUUGGGUUUGGGCUGUAAUUUCUGCCUCUCUGACAGUGUUAAUUCUGGAGGGAGUAAAAUGCCAGACCAUUAAUGUGCACAUUGACAACGGAGCGUUACAGGGAGCGACAGAAACUGUACAAGGGCGCAGAGUGGAUGUAUUCUUAGGUAUACCAUUCGCCAAGCCUCCAGUGGGAAAUCUCAGGUUUAGAUUACCAGAGCCUGCAGAAAACUGGGAAGGUGUUAAAAAUGCCACGGCGUUUGGGCCUGCCUGCAUGCAAGUUGCAUCGAAUCCCAACGGCUUUCCCGGUCCGGAGACGGUUUCAGAGGAUUGCCUGACACUCAACGUUUUUGUUCCUGGAUCCACAAACACUUCCAACAAUAGGGCAGUAAUGGUCUGGAUAUAUGGCGGGGGUUACAACAUAGGUGGAACAUCCGUAUACAGUUUCAAAGAAUUUGGUGACCUAACCACCAAUAAGGAAGAUCACAUGUUAAUCUCUUCCUUUUAUCCCUGUUUAGCUGUAACAGGUGACGUCAUUGUGGUGUCUAUGAACUACCGCCUGAAUGCGUUUGGGUUUCUCAGCACUGGUGACGACAGCAUACCAAAUAAUAUAGGACUGUGGGACCAAAUUGAGGCGCUGAAAUGGAUCAAGAACAAUAUCCAGUACUUUGGAGGAGACCCUGGAAGGGUGACGAUCUUUGGCGAAUCUGCGGGUGGCAGUUGUGUGACACAGUUGGCCCUGACACAUGCUUCCUCAGGACUCUUCCACCGCUUGAUAAGCCAGAGUGGUGCUGCAAACGCUUAUUGGGCAACGUCAGAAAAUGGUCCAGAACUUGCUGUGAGGACUGGGAACAUUGUUGGCUGUCCAACGGCAAACACCACGGCACUUGUAGAUUGUCUUCGCACCAUAGAAGCUGGGGAACUCGUAAAUGCCAGUGAGCAGGCCACUGUAGGGCUCAUUGGAUUCUUUUACAGACCUUCAAUCGAUGGUGUCUUGCUUACUAAACCAAUAUCAGAGAUGUUGAGUGAUCCUGUUGUUUUGCAGCGCCUCCGUUCUUUCGACUUUGUUACUGGAUUUCUUGAUGGAGACGGAGGAGUCUAUGUUCUGAAUAACUACCCAUAUGGAAUAAAUCCGCUUUACUUCCGCGACAUAUUGAUCCCCUUUUGGACAGAUUUAGUGUUUGAAAACAGCACGAACAUUGUCGACGCAAUUAAGAAAUUCUACUAUGACAAAAACGCCAGCAGUAUCGAAGCCGCUCGCGAUUAUGUCGAUUUCCUUUCUGACAUUACUUUCACUCAACCGAUGUUUAAAUUCAUGACGUCGUAUCUCUCUGAAGAAGGAGGACGCACUUAUCUUUACUACUUCAUGAGAAAGCCGCUGUAUGGAAAUGUUAUGUCGGGUUCACCAUCUUGGUUUCAGAGAGCAAAUCACGGAGACGACCUUCAUUUUAUGAUUGGUUCACACGAACCUUUCGUCUCCGGUGCCACUUUCACGGAUGAUGAGAAGUAUUUGUCUAAAAUAUUGAUACAAUAUUGGUCAAACUUUGCCAAGACUGGAAAUCCAAACAUGCCAGAGCCUGUCCCAGCAAUAUGGGAGGAAUACAAUGUGAAUAAAGAGCACUACCUCGAGUUUGGAGACGUCAUAGAGGGAAAGAGGAGUGUCGUUCCAAAACGGGUCAAAAUGGAGUCUUGGGUCAAGGUUGUCCUCUAUGUCUAUCUUGUACUUGUAAAUCUGGAGGGAGUGAAAUCCCAGAUCAUUGUGUACAUUGACAACGGAGCGUUGCAGGGAGCGACAGAAACUGUACAAGGGCGCAGAGUGGAUGUAUUCUUAGGUAUACCAUUCGCCAAGCCUCCAGUGGGAGAUCUCAGGUUUAGGUUACCAGAGCCUGCAGAGAACUGGGAAGGUGUUAAAGAUGCCACGGCGUUUGGGCCUGCCUGCAUGCAAAACUUGCCGAACCCUUUUGGCUUUCCCGAUCCUGAGACGAUUUCGGAAGACUGCCUGACACUCAACGUUUUUGUUCCUGGAUCCACAAACAGCUCCAACAAUAAGGCGGUAAUGGUCUGGAUAUAUGCUGGGGGUUACAACAUAGGUGGAACAUCCGUAUACAGUUUCAAAGAAUUCGUUCUAACUGGUGACGUCAUCGUCGUAUCUAUGAACUACCGCCUGAAUGCGUUUGGGUUUCUCAGCACUGGCGACAACAGCGUACCUGGUAAUAUAGGACUGUGGGACCAAAUUGAGGCUCUGAAAUGGAUCAAGAGGAACAUCCAGUACUUUGGCGGGGACCCUGGAAGGGUGACGAUUUUUGGCGAAUCUGCAGGUGGCAGUAGUGCAACACAGCUGGCCCUGGCAAACGCUUCUUCGGGCCUCUUCCACCGCUUGAUAAGUCAAAGUGGUACUACCAGCGCUGCUUGGGCAGUGUCACAAAAUGGCCCAGAACUCGCUGUGAGAAUAGGAAACAUUCUUGGCUGUCCAUCGGCAAACACCAUGGCCCUGGUAGACUGUCUACGCACCAUAGACGCCGAGGCCCUUGUGAAUGCCAGUUGCCUCAUCUCUCUGAAGGAGGUGGGUCGACAUAUCUUUACUACUUCAUGA